AUGACUAUAGAUAAUAAAAAUGAUUUAGAUAAUGUUUCUCCAUUUUUUGAAAUAAAACAAACUUCAUGGGGAGGUAGAGCAUGUUUUAGUAAAUGCGCAUUGCCUGCAGGAACACCGAUUUUGGAAAUCAAUAAUUGUAUCGGUUCCUCUUUAUCGUACGAAUUUAGGAAAGAAGUUUGUCAUUUUUGCUACUUCUAUCAUAAUGGACAUACUUUGAAAUAUAGAUUGGAAAAAGAGCAUUUGAAAUUCAUGGAAAAUUGUAAUGAUAAAGAAAAUGGCGAAGGAAAAAAAUCUACAAGAAUGAAUAACAAGGCGAAAUUUCAAGGAGCUGGACUUUGGUUUUGCUCUGAACUUUGCCGUUCAAAGUUUAUAAAACAACCUCAUAUUUGGGAGUUAGUACAAUGUUAUGAGAUCUUGUGGUGUAAUCUUCAAAAAAUGUUUAAAAGAGAAAAUCCUGAUGAUGUAACAGGGAGAGAAGAACAAUUGAAUUCUAUUAUAAUUACCGAAGACGUCAUACAACGUUCAUGGGAUGAUUGCCAACAUAAUUGGAUACCCAGAAUCGAUAAAAUGUCAGCUGCGAAAAAAUUGCAUAAUUUACCCGUUAUUUCUGAAGAUGAAUACUGUUGUGCCAAAUUUGUAUGCGAAAGUUUGUUCAGAUUGAAAUAUAUAGAUUCAGACUCUAUAACUAAAAAAUGUUUUAACGGUCUACAAUCUAAUGAACUAAGCAAAAUUCAUGAAUUCCCUGUUCUCUUACAUUUUCAGGAAUUGGUCUUCAAAACUCUUUAUAUACUUUUACCCGAUUAUUUGAGGACACAAUUGACCAUUGAAAAUUUCAGACAUAUCGUUGGUUCUGAAUACGGUAAUGCAUUUGGUAUUUGGGAAACUGGAGAAACCCCUGAAAGUAGAGAAUGGUUUGGUUUUGAAGUCUUACCAGAGGCAUCAUAUUUCAAUCAUUCAUGUAAACCUAAUAUUACGAAGACUCGUGAAGGUCGAACUAUGGAAUUUACUUUAAACAGCAACGUAGCAAAGGGGACAGAAAUCUGUAUUGAUUACUCAGGUGUUCUGGAUUUACCAACCAAAAAACGUCGUAAGUUCCUCCACGACACGUGGUUUUUCGAUUGUCUAUGUGUUAGAUGCAAAUCAGAAAUGUAA